AGGUAUGAACUUCCACAAGAUCAAUUCGUACAAAACAAAAGUUUGUUUGCAAACAUUGCCAUUGAGGAUAACGACUGUUCGAGAAUUUUUGCGUACUUGGCAGACAUAUCGUCACCAGGUCUAGUCGUUUACUCAUGGAAAGACAAUGAUUCGUGGUUAGUAAACCAUAACUACUUCAAUAUUGAUCCACUCGCUGGUGAAUUUAACGUUUCCGGCAUAGUAUUUCACUGGAGCGAUGGUAUAUUCGGUAUGGGCUUGUCAGAAAUAAAACCUGACGGUUCCAGCGACUUGUACUUCCAUCCCAUGACGAGUACAGAUGAGUUUGUUGUGUCCACGAAAUUCCUUAAAGAUAAAGCUCUUUCUCAGAAAAGCAAUGGAGAGUUUAGACAUCUUGGUAGCCGUGGACCAAAAGGUCAAAGCAGCGUUUCGUUCUUAGACAAAAAGACUGGAGUUUUAUUUUACGCUUUGAUAAAUUUAAACGCCAUUGCUUGCUGGAAAACCACGAAUCCACGGUACACAAUGCAGUCACAGGGAAGGGUUUAUAUGAGUAACGUGACCAUGGUGUUUCCGAGUGAUAUAAAGGUCGAUUCUGAUGAUAACAUGUGGGUGUUGUCCAACAGGUUGCCCACAUUUAUGUACAAGGGGUUUAAUGCUAGCGAAGUAAACUUUAGACUGCUUACGGCUCCUGUGAAAGAUGCCAUUAAUGGUACUGCGUGUGACGCUAAAGGAAUCGUUACUCCCGAAAUGAAAGCCAAAAUGAAGAAUCAUUUGGACAGCAUAAACCCCCCGAAAUCGACCCCCAAAGCAGGUCAAAGUGGAAGCGAGGGCAUUAAUAGCAGAUUAAAUGCAGUACUAAUUCUCUUGGCUGUUUUAAAUUUAUUAAUGAUGCACUAAAUUUUUAAUUCAUUGUUGCGUUGCUUGUUUGUUUUUUUUUUGUUUGUUUCUAGUGUUAUCAGUCAAAUGUUUAUUAUGGUAAGUGCAGCUUAGAUUUCCUGUAUUUUAUUAAUGUCAGCAAUUUUUAUUGUUUUUACAAUUUUGUUUCUUUGUACUCGAGCAUGACUAUUUUUUUCCUGAUUGUGAAAGUGGCUUAGAGAUCUUUUGAGGUUAUGAGUUCCUCAUUUUUGUUGUUGACUUUGUAGUCACUUUUAUCGACAUUCCUUAGGGCUUCAUAGAUAUUUUUCUUAUUGAAAAGUGAACUAGGAAAAUUUGUAUUGUUAAAAAAUUCGAUUUCGAACGAACGGUCCUCAGGACUUCAAUGAUUAUUAACUAAAUUACAAAUAAACAUUAAAGUUAACAAAUGUGAUAAAUAUACAUAUACAUAUAUAAUUAAUUAUUUAUCUUUAAGUUACGAAUUUGCAUAAUUAACUAAGUAUAUACAUCGGGACGCACAUUGUGCCGGCUUGAAAAUGAAAAUUUGAAACCGCAUACGUUAAACACUAUACAAUACAUAACUUUUUAUAUUCUAUAGAAACGAAAAUAUAAUAACGCAUAACCUAAGGCCACAUAAUUUUUGGCUAGUAUUAUCACGGAACUUGAAACGGUGGGGCUCACCCUUGGCGCGCGCAAAAAGAACCUGGAUACGUCCCUGUACCUAUGAGCAUAAUAUUCUUUAAAUUAUAUAACAUCAAAAAUAAUAUAUUCAUACUACACAAAAGUACAGCGUGGUUGAAAUGCAUUACUCAACCCUUGUUGUUUAGAUAUUGAAAAAGAUUUGAAGAAUAUGAAAAGGAACUUGGUGACGUUUCCUUGUAGGUACAAUUUUCGAUUUUUUUUAAAUAAAAUUCAGUGAAGUUCACUUUGUUUAUUUUCGUUAUAAAUUUGAAAAAUCACGCUUUUUGAUGGAUUCUUUUAUUACGAAUGGUUUUGUUUUGUUUUCAGAUGAAUAAAAAACAAUCUGAUUGAACGUUUACAUCAACGAUUACAAGUGUACGUUUCACAUUUGUUUAAUAUUUCGGUUAAUAAGGCGUUUCUGUUUACAUGUAAUUGUUCUAUUGUUGUUUCGCAUGUUUAUAAAAACUUGAGCUUAAACAAAGCUGGAAAACGAAAUGCAAAUAUCACGUUCAAUGGCAAUUAAAUGGUAAUGUAAUAUACCUAGAUACAUUCGCAAAUUCAGUAACACCCAAGUCAUUGUUUGACACAUACAGGGUGAUUUAUUGAUAAACCACGAUCGAGUUUCUUUUGUUUCUACGCAAUUUCACCGUAACUUUAAAUCAUACACGUGUGAUUUAUAAAUAUGCAUUUUGUUUAGGAAAAAUGUCACAAAAAUAAAAAAAGGCUCAUUAUUAUUUAUUAUUAGUAUCUAAUAAUUUCUCACA